AUGGUGGCCGGCGGUGAUGGUGGUUGCCGGGUGGUGGUUUCCGGCGGUGAUGGUAGUGACCGCCGGUUACGGUGGUUGCCGGCGAUGAUGUCAUUAAGAAUAAUUUCGCGUGUUGCUGGUGGGGGGAUGGUUGUUGAUGUAGGGAGGAAGAAAGAUGAAUUCCUUAGACAUCCGGCUGAUUCUCCUCAAUGGAGAACUAUUGAUAAGAAGUAUCUUGAAUUUGGCAAGGAGGUUAGAAAUCUGAGACUUUCUCUAUGUACAGAUGGGAUGAAUCCAUACGGCUCUCUGAGUAGUCAGCAUAGCACUUGGCCGGUUCUUCUUGCAAUUUACAAUCUUCCUCCAUGGUUGUGUAUGAAACGCAAGUAUAUCAUGUUGUCACUCCUCAUCUCAGGGCCUAAGCAGCCAGGACAUGAUAUAGAUGUGUAUCUCGCUCCACUCAUAGAUGAUUUGAAAUUGUUGUGGAAUGAAGGUGUUCCAAUAAGGCAAGAUGAAAAGAGUGUAGUGCAAAAUAGUGGAGUAAAGGUUGUUGCAUCAUCUAGGGUCUAUGCAAGCGCUAAGGAUAAAAGGCCGUUUGAUUCAACACAAUCAUAUUAUGGUGUUAUCGAAGAAAUAUGGGAGCUUGAUUAUACCUAUUUUGUGAUCCCUAUUUUUCGGUGUCAGUGGGCUAACAACCACAAUGCAUCACUAGCUAAGCAAGUUUUUUAUGUGGUUGACAAUAUUGAUCCUAGAUGGCGUGUUGUUGCCCAAGGAAAAAGACAUAUUUUGGGUAUUGAUGAUGUUGUAGAUGAAGAUGAGUAUGAUGAGUGUAAACUUGGUGAAUGUCGUAUCCUCUUAUGUGAGCCAGGUUCCAAGCACAGGUUGCAGAAAUUGCAGUUGAAUUUUCCUAGGACCGUAGCUACCAUGGAUGAUCAUCGUGAUAAUGAAAUACAGGGAAUUGAUGGAGCUACUCAUCCUACGGGGGAAUCACAAGAUACCAACACUAGUAAAAAGACCAAAUUCCGUGGUCCGUCAAAAGGAGUUCAAGCCAAAAAGCCCAUGUAUCUUCAGUAUAAUCAAUAUGGAAUCCCCGAUGGAGAAUGGUCAAGAGAAUACGGGAAGCAAGUUGGGUCUUGUGCUGCUAGAAUUAACAUUAAUGUGAAAGAAUAUUCAACGUUAGAUGAACACACAAAGAAGGGGUUUUGGGAGGAGACCAAGCUUAUGUUCCACAUUAUUGAUGAUCCGGCUAAAAGGAGAGAAAAAUAUUUUCAUAUGUGUGUGGCGAAACGCUUUGGAGCUUUCAAGUCCAGGUUAACGCGGCGUUGGAUAACUAAGAAAGAAAAAAUGCCGAAACAUCAGACAGACGACAUGCCUUGGGACAUCUACAAUCAAAUCACAGAGGAUGAUUGGAAAACAUUUGUGAUGGAACGAAACAAGCCGGAGAUGUUGGUUCGUAGAGAAAAAGCAAGUAAAAGUGCAUUACAAACCAAGCACCCACAUCGCACAGGCCAAAAGGGUUAUGUUAGAAAGAGACCAGAGUGGAUAAAUGAUGGGCGACUACCGCCAGAGGCAGCUUUAACCCUCUCAAGUGGCUCCUCCUCAGUGACCUCAUCACUCACCACAGCGUCAGAUAGAUUUAAGAAGUUUAGAUCAGUAGAGUGGAUCUUGGCUCAUCAAGUUAAAAACAAAGAGGGAAAGUGGGAAGUUGACCCGAAUGAUAAGGAAGCCGUAAAUAUUGCUAAGAUGGUUUUGGAGUACAUAGAAGAAGAGGGAAAAGGAAAUAUUUCUUUCACCCAGGGAGAAGAUGCCCUCACCAAGGCUAUGGGAAAAAAGGAUCACCGUGGGCGUGUCAAGGCAACAGGUGGAGUCAAUGUCGGUUACAAAGUUGCUUUCGGUCCAAUAGACCGAAGUAGUAGAUGUGGCCAUAGUGAACCAUCACCGGAGGCAGUCGAAUCAAUCAGAGCUUCAGUGAGAAGGGAGUUUGAAGAUCAAUUAGAGAGAAAGGUGGCGGAGGCCCUCCAAAAGCAACUAGCCACAUUGAAAGCAACCGGUCAACUAAACACCCUCUCUACCCCCGCACUUGAUUCUGCUCUUGUAAGUGAUGAGUUUGAUGUUAACCGUGCACUCGAAACCGCUCGUCCGAAUUCAUCGCAGCAACCACGCGAGCUGAAGGCCAUAACUCCAUGUCGUCUUGCCCUUGAGGAUAAAGUUUUGGGUAACAAAGUGAUAGUGGCAGAUGGUAUGGCAUACCCAUUGGAUGGUUCGUUGCACCAACACUUUAGAUCGAUGAAGCCUAGUCAUUAUAAGGUCCAAGUUGAUUGUAUUUACGACGGACAUGAUGAUGAUACUCUUCCGGUACCUACUGGAGAUGGAUUAAAUAACUUAGGCAGGGCUCUUGCUAGUUUUGUGCAAUGGCCAAUUCACUUGGUGAUUUUCGAAGAAGACGAGGUAUAA